GGGCCAGUUUAUGUGGGAACAGGAUGCAUGUUCCGUCGAUUUGCUCUUUAUGGGUUUGAUCCCCCUAAAAGUGAUGAUACCUCAAAGGGUACAGAGACACAAGCUUUGAGAGCCACGGAUUUUGAUCCUGAUCUUGAUGUCAAUUUAUUACCUAAGCGUUUUGGAAAUUCCACAAUGCUAGCUGAAUCUAUACCUAUUGCUGAAUUCCAAGGCCGUCCGGUUGCUGAUCACCCCGCUGUUAAGUAUGGACGACCUCCUGGCAUUCUUAGGGUCCCUAGAGAACCACUUGAUGCAACGACAGUAGCUGAAGCUGUCUCUGUCAUUUCUUGUUGGUACGAGGACAAGACUGAAUGGGGUGAUCGUGUUGGUUGGAUUUACGGUUCAGUUACUGAAGAUGUCGUGACAGGGUACCGUAUGCAUAACCGUGGAUGGCGCUCCGUCUACUGUAUCACCAAGCGUGAUGCCUUUCGAGGAUCAGCUCCAAUCAAUCUCACUGAUAGACUCCAUCAAGUGCUCAGAUGGGCAACAGGCUCUGUAGAGAUUUUCUUCUCUAGAAACAAUGCUUUGCUUGGGACCAAAAAACUCAAAUUCCUCCAGCGCUUGGCUUACCUCAAUGUUGGUGUAUAUCCUUUCACCUCAUUAUUCCUAAUUGUCUACUGCUUCCUCCCUGCACUCUCACUCUUAUCGGGCCACUUUAUCGUGAAAAACCUCAAUAUUGUUUUCCUCAUCUAUCUCUUGACUAUAUCAAUUUGCCUCAUCGCAUUGGCAAUCUUGGAAGUGAAAUGGUCCGGCGUGGGACUGGAAGAAUGGUGGAGAAAUGAACAGUUUUGGCUCAUUUCUGGAACCAGUGCCCACUUCGCUGCUGUCGUACAAGGCCUUCUCAAAGUUAUUGCAGGAAUCGAGAUUUCUUUCACACUUACUUCUAAAUCCUCAGGAGAUGACAAUGAAGAUAUUUAUGCAGAUUUGUACUUAGUGAAAUGGACUUCUUUGAUGAUCCCACCAAUUGUUAUAGGGAUGAUUAACAUUAUUGCAAUGGUAGUUGCAUUCUCAAGAACAAUUUACAGUUCAAUUCCUCGAUGGAGCAAGUUCAUUGGUGGAGCAUUCUUCAGUUUCUGGGUGUUAGCUCAUUU